AUGUCAGCCAGAAAGGGCUAUCUUCAUCUCCCGUCAAAUUACACUACAACGAUGACAUGCCCCAACAACCAAGCUGGAAAUUCGUUUUUCGUCGACUCCUUAAUCAACGUGAGAACCGAGAGUGGUGUCCCAUAUUACCAAAGUAACGGGGUCUAUUUGCCACCGGCGUCGGAGUAUUCCUAUGGACUCUCCGGUGGCUCUUGUUUCCCGGCUAUCGGUAAGCGCAACGAGCCAAGUUCCCAAAGUGUGAUCCCUUCCUCUGCUCCAUAUGUCCAAGGGAUGGAACCGUGGCUGGAGUCGUCGAGGUCCUGCCGUGUCGAUCAGCCCAGCAGCCAGCAUAUGGCUCAGUGUUCAUUCUCUCCGAGUGUAAAGGAGGAGAGCGCAUACUGUCUUUAUGAAUCCGAGAAAUGUCCUAAAGGAGCAACAGUAGAUGACAUAUCUUACUCGCCUGGAUCAUGCCCCGUUACUGGCAGCAACGUGCCUGUCCCGGGCUACUUCCGCCUGUCUCAGACAUACACGUCUUCAAGGGUUUAUCAUGAUGUCCAGCCAAAUAUGACUCAUUUUACUUUGCAACGACCUGCCGGCUUGGACACCUCCUCUCAGCCCCCGGCUGCCUCUGCGGAUCCGGACCGGAGGGAGAGCCACGAGGAGGCGCCUGCCGCUGCGCCCUGCGUCCCGGCCAGAGAGGAAGACAGCCGCCUCUCCUCGGAAAGCUCGUCCUCUCCUGAACCCACAGAGACUUGCGGUGCAGAAUGCCCCGAAAAGCCCGUCAAAGGAGAUGGAAAAAUCGAAAGCACGGCUACUUGGCUCACAGCAAAGAGUGGCCGAAAGAAGCGCUGUCCCUACACCAAGCACCAGACUCUGGAGCUGGAGAAGGAGUUUCUCUUCAACAUGUACUUGACUAGAGAGCGUCGUCUGGAGAUCAGCCGCAGUGUGCAUCUCACUGACAGGCAAGUCAAAAUCUGGUUCCAAAACAGGAGGAUGAAACUGAAAAAAAUGAGCCGGGAAAAUAGGAUCCGAGAGCUCUCCAACAACUUCAAUUUCUCAUGA